AGCAACUGGUCAUGGUGGAACUAUCAGGAAUUAUUGAUUCAGACUUCUUAGAAAAAUGUGAAAACAAAUGCAAGAUUUUGGGAAUAGAGACAGAGAGGCCCAUUUUACAAGUGGACAGAUACGUAUUUGCAGGAGAAUAUGAAGAUACCUUGGGAACCUGUGUGGUUUUUGAAGAAAACACAGAGCAUGAUGCAGAAGGCAACCAAAAAGUACAGCUGAAAUACAAAUGCCAUACAAUGAAGAAGUUGAACAUGACACGGACACUUUUGACAGAGAAGAAGGAAGGAGAAGAGAAUGUUGGAGGAGUGGAGUGGUUACAGAUCAAGGACAGAGAUUUCUCCUACAGCAGGCCUAAUAUGAUUUGCAGCUUUCUGCGUGAAAAAGAAGAUUCUGAGGAGUCAGCUCAGGCCCAAGACAAAUUGACUGAAGAGUCAGAGGGAGAGGUGAGUGGCGGAGGAAAUUCUGACAUGAAUUGUGAUCUGGAGCAGCAGCAUAGCUUGGAAAUAGAUGCUGCUAUUCCUCUGCCUGACAGCCCUCCUUCUGGUGCAGAGGAUUCUCCUUCUGGAAGUGUUGCCUUAGACGAUGCCCCUCCAUGAUAUCAGCUCUGAUCUUUUCAGGAUUUCUUCAUGGUGUUAAUGGGCCAACUUUUAAAUGCCAACUUUUAUAUAGGCCCUGACAUGUUUUCCAAUUUAUCUGAGCAAUUAAUAGUGGAAAAAUGGGCAUUGUGUUCUCGUGCAUUGCUUUUAUGUUUGGAUUAUUGUGGGGAGGGCUUAAGUGUUUUUUAAAAAUGCUGAUUGGAAAUGUGUGUAUAUCUAC